UUUCCUAGUUUUCUCCUUCCAAUAGCCGACAUGGGUUGUCCUAGAAAACCCUCUCCAACGUCAUCCGUACAGGUUUGCACGCAAUACAAUUGAAGCAUAUCUCUGUUUUUACACCAUACUCUGUAAUCAAAUUUAAUUAGUCCUUUAUGUUCCUAUUAGUUUCACCUAUAUAAGCUUAACUCUUUCCAACUUAGAAGAUCACCCCAACUUCCAAGCAUAACUACAAGGCAAUUAUUUCUAUUGUGAGGUCAUUAUCCACCUUUUUUUGGCUUUGUUUUGUUGUUUGUUGAGAUUAACAGGAUGGCAGAACCACACCCAAAAGACCAUGGGAGCGAGGCUGUCACAAAGCUUCCAGUCGAAACAAUGGACAGUGGAAUGUUCGAUUGCUUCGGAAAGAAAGAAGAGAAACCUGGAGAGGAUGUGGCCAUGAUAGUACUCGAGACAGUUCAAGUGUCUGAAACUGACAAAAUGAAGGAGAAACACACACUCAUGGAAGAGCUCCACUGGUCUCAUAGCAACUCCAGCUCGUCCAGUGAUGACAAGGAAGGAGGAGAGAAGAAAAGAAAGAAGGGACUAAAAGAGAAGCUUAAGAAAAAGAUGUCAAGUGAAAAGGAAGAACAAGUCAACGAGCACAAAAACACAUCUGGUUCAUUAGAGAACUGCAAUGAAGUAGGGAAUGCAGAAGCAACACAGCAAGAGGAGAAGAAAGGCUUUCUAGAGAAGAUCAAAGAAAAGCUUCCCGGUCAGCACAAGAAAGCUGAAGAGGGCAGUCCUGCAGCACCUCCACCCGAGUGUGCUGCAGAUGGGAACUCCCCCGGAAACGAAACAAAGGACAAGAAAGGGAUACUGGAGAAAAUCAAGGAGAAACUGCCUGGAUACCAUAAGAAUGAUGACGACAAUGUGAAGGAGAAGGAGAAUUGAAGUGAGCUGUUCAUGAACUUCGUAGAAAAGUA